AUGGCGGUUGUAAUCGAAACAACUCUGGGAGAUAUAACAGUCGAUUUGUAUUUAGAGCAACGACCUAUAACAUGUUUAAACUUUUUAAAACUGUGCAAGAUGAAGUACUAUAAUUACAAUCUAUUUCAUACAAUACGAAGCGGUUUUAUUGCCCAAACAGGGGACCCAAGCGGUGAGGGAUCCGGUGGACAGUCAAUAUGGGGUAUAUUAGAAGGGCCCCAAAAGAGGUUUUUUUCAGGAGAGAAAAUGCCGAAAAUUCGACAUACGGACGCUGGUUUGCUAUCUAUGGUUUGCACUGAUGAUAUGAUGGUAGGAUCCCAAUUUUUUAUUACACUUGCACCAGAUUUAGAUUCACUAGAUGGAACUCAUUGUGUUAUAGGAGAAGUAACAGAAGGACAUGAAGUAUUAACUAAGUUGAAUGAAGUGAUAUGUGAUGAAACUCAUCGUCCCUACAGAGAUGUAAGAAUUACACAUACUGUUGUACUUGAAGAUCCUUUUAAUGACCCGCCAGGCUUAAGAGCUCCAUCUAGAUCUCCUUCACCUAGUGCGGAACGCUUAAAAGGAGGUAGAAUAGCCCCUGACGAAGAAGUAGAUGAAACACAAGGCAAGUCUGCGGAGGAAAUACAAGAAAUGAUUGAAGAAAAGGAAGCCAAAGCUCGAGCUACAAUAUUAGAGAUAGUUGGCGAUUUACCUGAUGCUGAGAUAGCUCCUCCUGAAAAUGUUUUGUUUGUUUGUAAACUUAAUCCUGUCACAACUGAUGAAGAUCUAGAAAUAAUAUUUAGUCGCUUUGGUAAAAUAGUCAGUUGUGAAGUUAUAAGAGAUAAAAAGACUGGUAAUUCUUUGCAAUACGCAUUCAUAGAAUUUGAAAAUAAAAAGUCUUGUGAAGAUGCAUAUUUUAAAAUGGAUAAUGUAUUAAUUGAUGACAGACGUAUUCAUGUUGACUUCUCACAAUCUGUAUCUAAAAUGAGAUGGUUGGGAAAAGGAAGAGGUGUCCAAUAUUUUGAUGAUGAUAAGCAAAUGCCUCCAAGAGAUGAAACAAGAGAUAGACAGAGACAGCAUGAUAGAAGACAUAAAGAUGAGCACAACAAUCGAGAAAGACAAUAUGAUAGAAACGAAAAUAGAAGAGAUAGAGAUCACAGAUCAGAAAGAGAAAAAACUAAUAAUAAACAGCACAAGGAUAGAAGUAGGAGCAGGUCUAGGUUAGAACAUUCCCGUUAUAGACAUUCAGAAAGAGAAAGUGAUAGAGACUGUAAAGGAAACAGUAAAUAUAGAGACUCGCAGAAGUAUGAUAAUCAUGAUAAUUACAAAAAUAAACAUUCAAGUUCUCAUAGGUCUAGAUUAUCUACUAAUUAUAAUGAUAGUAGAGAGACUAGUAAAUCACCGAGAAGGCAUAGUGAUAAAUCCGAAUAUAAAAAAAAAUCAUUAGAAAAGAAAAAUCAUAAAAAUUCAAGCAGCAGUCAUAAAUUGCAAACAGACAAGUAUAAUAGCAAGCGCUCAAAUGAUGAAGAUCAAACACAAACAUUAUCUAAAAAGGAAAAGAAUGUAAAUAAUCACAAGAACCCAAAAACACCAUCUCCCGAGUUUAAACAAAAAAAGGAAAAGAAAAAUAAAACUAAAGAUACUGCCAAAAAAAUAACUAAAAAAUACAGUAGUAAGAAAAAGCGUAAACCUUCUACUUCAUCGUCUGAUAGUGAUUCAUCAGAAAGUAGUGAUUCCUCGAGUAGUGACUCUAGUUCAUCAAGUGAAGAUAACAAAAGGAAAAAGAGAUCUAGAAAAAGAAGGAGAAAGUAUUCCACAUCAAGCAGUAGUAGUGAUACUAGUAGUUCUAAUAGUACAUCGAGUACUGAUAGUGAUACCAGCUCAAGUUCCAGUGAUGAACGUUCUAAAAAAAAAGGCAAAAAACCCAAGAAAAAAACAGAAAGGAAAACAAAAAAGAAAUUAUAGAAAAUGUUGUCAAUUAUGCUAUUUAUGACAUUUCAGUACAAUAAAAUAACUUUAAGAAAUA